AUGGCCAACAGAGUUCAAAUUCCUACCAACAAUUCAGCGCUCAUUGCCAUGAUUGCAGAUGAGGACACCGUAGUUGGAUUUCUGUUGGCUGGAGUGGGAAAUGUUGACAUCCGUAGGAAGACAAAUUACCUCAUUGUGGAUGCAAAAACGACUGUCAAACAAAUUGAGGAUGCAUUCAAAGAAUUUACAACAAGGGAGGAUAUUGCAAUUGUGCUGAUUAGCCAAUAUGUUGCAAAUAUGAUAAGGUUUUUGGUUGAUAGUUAUAACAACCCUGUUCCUGCAAUUCUUGAAAUCCCUUCUAAAGACCAUCCUUAUGAUCCGGCAAAUGAUUCAGUUCUGUCACGAGUGAAGUAUCUCUUUAAUACCGAAUCGGUUGCAUCUGACAGACGCUGA